GUAUGACCGUAUGCCAGCCGUAAGGAGUCAUUAUUACUACUUUUGAUUGCUUUUAAUAGUUUAAUGAUAAUUUCUGAAUUAUUUAAACAAAUAUUAGUUUUGCAUGAAUAUGAGAAUUUUUAUUUGGAAAUUUUGAUUUUAGAUACUUCAGGGUUUCAUAUUAAUCUUUCUGAGCUAAAGACACGAUAAAUAUACAUAUGAUUGGGCCGUGACACCGCCGCCUACGGAACCACGUGACCACGCUGUCGCUUCCCGCGUCAGAUUAUAUUUAGGACUUCUUGGGCCAUUUAUAUAUUUAACAAUAUGUGUAAUAUUAAAAAAUAACUGUCUACAACACACCAUUUUCUCUUUUGUUGUAAAAGAGUUGCAAAAAAAUUCUGCGUGUUUCAAAGAAGCUCGGACACACAUUCAUUACAACUUUUUACUAUUAAAAGAAAGAACUCUCUCUCUUUCACCCGGUUUACCUUAAAUUUGUAAGUUCUAAGCACACGCACAGAAAUGGUUACAUAAAUAUGACUUCUGGAAUAUUUUAUCAGAAAUACAACAUUUAUUACCUGUUCAGUGCAAUCUAUUAUCUAUCUUCAGCCUACCGCAGGUACACGAUCGAUAUGAUGCACUUAGAUAUUCAUAAGACUCUGAGCUUUUAAUAGGGUGGCCGGGAAAGGGGCACUCAUCGCAAGAAAUUGAAACAUAAGACGACCUAACUGUUAUUAAAGAUGUACAGCGUGUUUAUGUUACUACGGGAUAAGUUUCCUCCAUUGCAAGUUGUACAUGUGAAAAUUGUAGAGAAUAUACCCUCAACUUAAAACAGGCACCUUGAUAUUCUCAAAAUGAUGAAUAAUAUUUACGUAUAUAUAUUUUUGCAAUACAUAGGUAAGCUUGCUGAAUUGAAAACCAUAAAAAAUAAUAUUUAAGUUGAUAUCCUUGCCACAUUGUUAGGGUAUUGAUAAACGGUUUGGUCGCUUGUCUCAAUAUGGUUGUGUCCGUUGGCUAUUUGCCCUUAUCCACUUGGCGCGCUCCCAAACUUUCUUAAAGACAAAUGUUUGUCGGUUGCCAUGGCGAUAGGAGAUAAUCGGAACACAACCUGUUGCCAUUACAUUAUAUAUUCUACAAGCGGGAUGUGGAGAAAUUCGAGGGUAACGAGAUUUACGAGCACUACAUGGGUCAGCAGGGAUUUGCGGCGUUUUGCCAGAUUCCGAGCCUCAAUUGUUUGCCGACAAAUGUAUGCACCCUAUUUACAGCUGUGGACAAAAUUGUGGUCUUAUUAAGUUUUUUAAUAGACUUAUUUUAUUCAGUAAUUUGACCCGGAAUCGAUUGCCGCACUUAUGUAUGAUACUACACUAUACAGUGUGGAUGAGAUAUUGUAAUCUAAUUAGUAUUUUGCUUUUUUAUGGGUGUGAUUUGAUUCUUGUAGAUAUAACCUACUGUAACUUGUUUAAUAUUUUAUUAUUUGCUACUUACAUUAAAAAAUAAAAAUAUUAUUUUCAAAUAUUAUUGUUUCGAUCUAAAAUUAAUUCAGUCAUGUGUGGCAAUGUCUUAAUUUAAUGCACGAGACAAUUGAUUAAGACAACCAAAAUGCCGAAAAUAGUUGUCUAUCAGUUAUUAAUGAAUUCAACUUUUUUUCAGCCUAUGGUAUCAUAAACAUGGAGUUCUGUGGCGGUCCAAGGAUAAUACAUAAAUCUAGCGACUUUGAAAAAACUCAAUUUGAUAAAGAAUGUCCUGAUUGCUCCGAAACCAGCGAGCCUCCUGUGUGUGGCAUAAGACAAGAUGGCGAAGGAUACAGACUCAGAACAUUCCGAAACAAAUGCGAACUUACCAAACACAACUGCGUCAAGGGCACACACUUUUUUGUCACCGAGUUUUAUCUCUGUAAUGACGACAAACCAGCAGCAUAUGAUAAUGACGUCACUCAAAAAGAAGGCCCCGCAAAAGAAGCUCAAACGAUCGAAAAAUUGAAAAAAAUUAAACCCCUGGUUAUCGUCUCUGGAUCUAUGAUCGAUAAAAACAAUAUUAACGAAAGUAUCGAUAACUUCUUUGCCUCUACUCACUUAGUGAACAUGCCUUUAAAACAGCAAUUCCUGAACGAAAGUACACGGAAAGUAUUUGCCUCGAUAUUGGGUCCAAGAGUUAUAUUCACCCCCUGGACCACUAAACCAAAGAAUGUUUCCACUGACUACCUUCAUAUGCCAUUAGUAAAGACCUGCUUCCACAAAUGUCCAACGAAAUGCCCGGACACGUACGCUCCAGUCUGCGGAGUGCCGGGAGCCAAUACCAAUUAUCCUUCGGUCGUGUUUAAAAACCACUGCUUCAUGGAUGUCGCUCAGUGCAAGAUUGUAACGGAGGAACUAAGUAGCUCGGUGCACACUGCAGGGGAGACAGAGCCGGUUGAAGUACCCUUUGAAACAAGCUGAUUAUUGAUAAAAUAAUUAUUGAAAUACGUAUGCAUUUGGAAGGCUACAUCGUAAUUAUUUAUUCAGACAUUUAAAUCAACUUAUUUGUUUUCUGGUAAGUAAUUAAGACGUUAUAUCGUCCUUUAACUACUCAAUAUCAGUCUUGAUUAUAACACAGAAUAUUGGUUUAAAUACUAAUUACAUGAAGUACCAUUAAUACUGUUUUGCAAGGGAAUAGGGAUAAUUAGUUUCGGAAUUGCUUGCUGAUAUCGGAAUUUCACGUGAUUCCGAUAUGAGCAAGCGCAUUUCCAAAGUGGCUCUCGAUACGUAAUGAUACAAAGCUGGUUCCUAGUAUUGAAUAUUGCUACGCCAUACUCAUGGGGAGUAUGACACGCCAAUUAAUAUUGAAAUGGAUGUUAACACACGAUCUCAGUACGUUACAUAACAGAGUUGACAUGUUACUCGUAGGUACAUUUAGCAAAUUGAACAUACAAAUAAAUAGAAUGGUUUACAUCUUUCUUUUAUUGCCUUGCCGUAUCUAGACUUAGUCUUCAAUUCACAAGAGACAUUUGAAUUGAUUUACUGAUGGGACAAUUUUUUUUCAAAUAUUAUUGUUAAUAUCCUUUACAUGAGUUAGAAAAAAAAUACAUUUACCGAACAACAAACAUCAUAAAAACAUAUUACAAAAUAAACCAUCGAAUAUUCAGCUCAAAACGAAAACCGAACUGAAUUAAUAUUCACUUUGUGCAUAGAAUAUUAAAGCAAUAACGUGCGCUGCAAAAUAAAAUAUAAAACCUCCAUGUUAAUAAUUCUGUAUAUUCUGUAGCAGGGAUGUAAUAAAUUCGAAAUAAAUGCAUCACUAAAGGAUAUUACCCCUCGAGCGCCACGUUCAUAAUCCUACAGUGUAUGUGUAAUGUUGUUAUAAAACAUGGUUACACAGUUAUUACAAAACGGUUUUAUAUUUUGGAACGAAUAGAAAAGAACCGUUUGAAGAAAAUUUUAACCAAAAUCUUUUAGCGUUCGUAACGAUUGCCAAAUCAAUUAAACCUACUUAGGUACUACUAAAAUUAAUUAGCGGUUUAUUUAUUUUAUUUGCGUUUGUAUAAAACGACAUCAAUUGCUAUUUUUUUAGGUACCUUAACAAAAGGAGAAAAGUCGACAAUGUAUUGAAUGUUAAAUUGAAAUAUUUUAUUUUGGCCGUCUGAGUAAUUUGGUUCAUCAUAAAAAAAUAACAAUUUCUAGUAAUUGAGGUCUGUUUUAAAAUUUCAUGUAUUAAUGAUAAAAGCUUAAUAAAAACAAAAUCUGGAAUGAGAGCAUAGUUAAGCCUUCAUCCGUGUGAGUGCAGUUUUUAACGUAAAUUCGGACCAAGCCGAAGCUUAAUCCGAUUUUUGUUUGCGGUACUUCCAAUAUUCGGUCCAUUUGCACAGCAGAUUUUUAUUAAUUCCUUUUGCCACCAUAACUGCCACCACCAUACCAGUUCAUCUCCUACAAAUAUAUUAUUUAAUACGCAAAAGUAUUAAUGUGUGCAAUGCAGAGUACAUCAUUAAUUCUCUGUAAAAUGUUAUAUUCAAUAUGGAGCGCACUAAAUCCCCUUGAACUGAAGCACUCACAAUACAUUUUACGUUAUAAUUGCAAUGAAACGUUCUCUGGAAAUACAUACUGGAGGCUCAAGCUAAUUCCUGAUAAGGAGCACCCACUCGAGAGCAUACGUAAGCCCUUCAAAGGAUUACUCGGUACUUUACAGAUUCGUGUCUA